GAAACAUUAGCAAGAUGUUUUCUUCAUUAUUAUUGAUUGGCAAUAGGUAACAGUUUGAUUUCUAGAUUUUAUACAUUUUCAUAAGCGUUAUGCUUCAUUUUACUUACUCGGAAUUAUUCACUUUUAGUUUUAAAGCGUUAAACAAUCAUACCUUCUCUCAUCGAGUUUACUACAGGGUGUUUCGUAAUUUGUUAACAUGUGUUUAAAUGAACUUCACUUUCCAUCCGAUGCUAAAAGAAUAAAGUUGUAAAAUUAAUAUAAAGGAAUUUGUUUCUCUUUUCCAUCAGAUAUAGCAACCAGUAGAAAGCCGAGUGGCAUACUACCAGCUAAUUCCCCAGCCAUUCACACGGUACAAAAGUGUGUGUGAAAAGUGGUGAGAGAAACACUGGAUCCCGAGCCUCUCAUUCAGCCAAGCGGAAUGCCCAUCGAAAAAUAUAGUUUAAGAACAAGAACAAUCCCACACCAGGUUUUGGAUGAAGAAAUAAACACCAACUUGAUAAACUUAACAGACCCUCAAACAGUUUCAACAACUAAAACCACACUAGGACUAAGUGAAUCACCAAUUUACACAACUGUACCUUCAGCAGACAGUAUCAAUACAACCCUAGGACUAAGUGACACUGCAAUUUCUACGACUGCAACUUCAACAGUAUCAGAAAGUGCCAGUGCAACUCUAACACUAAGUGAAUCUGCAAUUAAUACAACUUUAUCGUCAACAGUUACAGAGAGUGCCAGUACAACACAAAGUAACAAUCCUUCUUCAACCUACAUUACUCAUAGUGCCAGCAACCUCACAACUGUGUCAACUAAUGCAUGUAAUGUGAGCAGCAAUCACGUCUUCACAUCAACCCAUACGGAAAAAAGGGGCAAACAAACUACUAUAACAAAUUACUAA